AUGCCGUUCCACGCUCACCACCAACCCGCCCACCCUUCCAGCUCAACGACCACACCCGGAGCUGCGGCCGGCAUAUAUCAAGCGGCGCAGGCACUGGGCUCGAUAGGUGCGCCCACAGGGAGCCUUCGUGCCGCGACCUCAGGCACAACCAACGCCGGCACCGACGCGCUCUUGCCCGCCAGCGGCAACGCUCCAGGGCUGCACAGCGGGACCGCCCCACCGUCGACGUCCGGUCUGCCUGGGCCCGGCGCAAGCAGCUCCCAGCAGCAGCAGCAGCAGUUCGAGACACCACGAAGAUCAGCGACGGUACGGAGGCAGGGGGAGGAGCUGCAUAUCGCGUCUGGCAACUUUACCGGCCAGCAUCCAGCCGCGCAGCAGCAGCAGCAGCAACACCAACAGGUGUAUCGCUCGCAAGACGCAUACCCGACGGGCUCUGCGCCAAACAUCAGUCUCCAGCAAGCCACUCCUCAGGGAUCGCAUUUCAGCAACGCUUCGGCGGCCGGAAAUGUUGGCGGCGUGCCUGGCAGCCUGCAGCCGAAUCUCCAGCCCGCGCUCUCAGGACGUCCUGGCCCUCAAUCCGCCUACACCGCACCCUCAGUCGUCCCUACGGUCCCCCACCUAAACACUAAUGCGCAACAAUACACCCUCCCUACGCGGUCCAACACUAUGAGUACCUCGCACAGCUACUCGCGAUCGAGUCCAGCUGGUCUGGAACAGAAAUACAUCCCCUUCUCCAACACCCCCGAGAACGCGAAAUACACGCCUACGCCUCAGCAGCAGAGCAAGUACUACAAUCCGCAGACACCCUCAGGACCGGCGUCGCAAUCACCACUCGGCCUUGCGGAUAUACGGCCGCGGGCAAACUCGAGCAUGGCAGACGAGGCGCCAGGAACACCGAUACUCGGCGACAGCGACCGACAGCAGAAGAAUUGCAACUACGUGGCGCCGUGGGCGGUGUACGCGUUCGACUGGUGCAAAUGGCCGGUACAUGGCGGGAAUAGCGCUGGGAAGAUAGCCGUGGGCAGUUAUCUUGAGGAUCCGCAUAAUUUCAUACAAAUACUCGACACCCAAAUCACACCCCAAGAGCCCACCACCCCUGGCAGCGUAACCUAUGGCCUCGAAUACGUCAAAGUCGCCGAGGCAACGUGCUCCUAUCCCGUCACUCGCAUUCUUUGGGAGCCGCCUUCCUCACAAAAACAAUCCACCGACCUCCUCGCUACCUCAGGCGACCACUUGCGCCUAUGGUCUCUCCCACAAUCUUCCUACUCCGCCCCCAACAUAAGCAGUACCAUUAGCCGCUCCUCCAGCGUAAACACUCGAGAUCCGGCACCUCAGAAACUAACACCGCUGGCGUUAUUAAGCAACAGCAAGAGCCCCGAGCACACAGCGCCGCUCACAAGUCUGGACUGGAACACGGUGUCACCAAAACUGAUCAUCACGAGCAGCAUAGACACGACCUGCACGAUCUGGGACAUCCCGACGCUGACAGCAAAGACGCAGCUAAUCGCGCACGACAAAGAAGUCUUCGACGUGCGCUUCUGCGCCGGCAGCGUCGACGUCUUCGUCUCCUGCGGCGCGGACGGAAGCGUGCGGAUGUUCGACCUCCGGAGCCUGGAACACAGCACCAUCAUCUACGAGCCCGCAGAAAAGGGCGACAAGGAGAAAGGUAUGCGCUCCCCAACAACCGGCCGCAUCUCCCCCACAAAAGCCCAACAAACCCUGACCCCAGCCCCGCCUCUCCUCCGCCUCGCCGCCUCCCCCCACGACCCGCACCUCCUGGCAACCUUCGCAGCCGACAGCCCCCUGAUCCGCGUCCUCGACGUCCGGCAGCCCGGGCAAGCGCUACUCGAACUCCGUGGCCACGCGGCGGCGCUCAACGCUAUCGAGUGGUCCCCCAGCAGGCGGGGGAUGUUGGCCUCGGGGGGGGAUGACUCGUUGGUGUGUGUGUGGGAUUUGAUCAACAGCGGGAAUGGGGCUGCGUUGAACGGCGAGGCUGCAGGUGCGCCUACUUUCUCGUCUAGCAAUGCUGCUCCGGUGGUUUCGGGUGCCGGGGGAAGUAUCCAGGCGAAGGGGCCCGCGAUGAGUUGGCGGUGCGACUACGAGGUUGGGAACCUGAGCUGGGCGCCGCAGAGUGGGCUUACGCAGCAAGGGGGCGAGUGGGUCGGCGUCGCGGCGGGCAGGGGGGUUUGGGGCGUGAAAUUAUGA